AAAAGACUCGAUCCAAAAGAACCUUUUCUUCACUAAUCACACAUCUCUCAUGCUCUGUAGAACUAGACGUAGGAUUUGAUGAAUUAAUCAAAGACGUACAGUUUCUGGUAUUCUGUUUGUUCAUUAGAAAAGGCACGCUUCUCUUAAGUAAUGGUAUGCUAGAUUUUCCAAAAACAAAACAGCAGUGUGGGCCAAUAGUGCUUUUCUCAGCUAUUUUGUUGAUCGCAGGAAAAAAGACGCUAGUAAACGUCAUCUCAGGGCGCCGGAAAGAAAGGCACUUGGGCAGCUCUUCAAGCUGAGCUGGCUGAUCGCUCGGGAUCUUGUGUUGGCUUGUCAAGCGCUUUUGGAUGUUUUGAUAGAAGAGGGAAGACACGUAGUUUUUUGCACCGUCUCCUGAAUUACGUAACUGUCAAAGCAACAUUUUGAAGAUCCGAACUGACGACAUGGAUUCCGCCAAUCAAGACAUCAAUCUGAACUCUCCACAUAAAGGCCUGGGCUCUGACACUCUCUCAGACGCUCCUGAAGAGAGGGGGGCAGCAGCUGUGAGUCCAGAGACUCUCCCCCCAGGUCUGACAGAGGAGGAGGCAGAGGAACUGAGACUGGAGCUCACCAAGGUUGAGGAGGAGAUCCAGACCUUGCGGCAGGUGCUGUCGGCUAAAGAGCGCCACGCGGCAGAGCUGAAGCGUAAACUGGGACUCAGCCCCCUGAGCGAGUUCAAACAGAACAUCACUAAAAGCUGGCAGGACGUCCAGACCUCAAACGCAUAUGUUUCAGCUUCUGCCACUCUGGAUGACAUUACCAGCUCUGAAGUGUAUAAAAAGACUCAGGAAACGCUGUCUCAGGCUGGACAGAAGACCUCAGCUGCCCUCUCCACCGUUGGCACUGCCAUCAGCAGGAAACUGGGUGACAUGAGAGCUCUUCCUUUCUCUAACUCCUUUAGCAACUACUCCAUUCGCCAUUCAAUAAGUAUGCCAACUAUGAGGAACUCUCCAACCUUCAAAUCGUUUGAGGACAAAGUUGGAAACAUCAAGUAUAAGGUGGUUGGAGGGAAGGCCAAUGGUGAAAGUGCUCACUCUCCGAACGAGUCAAACCCCGUGCAGGACAACGCUCCAUUCUGAGAGCCCACACUCCUGAUUUAAACACUCAUCUCAUUUCUUUGUGAAUCCUGACAACACCCACACUUCAGUUCUCCCAAUCCUCCCUUUCUUUCUCUCCCGUUCUCUCUGAAUUCUUUCAUCCCUCCUUCCUCUGUCUCCUUUGAUACUCCUCCACCUACUGCUAGCAUGUGCUUGCUCAUCUCACUAAAAACAAACACGCAUAGUACAGGUUCUGUGACAUGAAAUCAUCACAGGUUGUACAAAGGAAGAAAAAUGUUGAAUCAUUUUGUAUUAGAAACUAUUUUACACUGCUUUGCAUAAUGUUUUUACAUAACUUUUAUCUAUAUAUGACUAUAAAUGAAUACAAAUAACUAUAUUUAAACAGUACUGCCAAGCAGCGUUCAUCAGACGGCAGAGGGGUACAAAACACACAAAGAGGAAAUAUUUAAAUCUGAAGGGGGAGGAUUUUAGGCCAAUAAAGAAAAGAACAGAAACUUGCUGCAGGUUUCGAUGCUGCUGAGCAUUCAGUUGAGUUCUUUUUUACUCUCAGUACAAUGUGAAGCGAUGCUUUGCUGUACACCUGGUGAAUGUCUGACCUUCUCAGCCGGCCUUACACUCUCACUCUGUAUUGCUUUAUUGGACUUUUGCUGGUAAAAAUGUUACAUGAAGAUGUUUUUGCUUUAUAUCCUCUUUUGCUCUUUCUUGCUCUUGUUCAAAUUAUUAUUAUUUUUUUUAAUUGAUGGUGAUGUUUUAUUUAUGCUGUGUUUACGUCGGAAAUCACUUGCCUUUGCUUUGUGCCAUGCUGUGAGUGCCAGUUAGUAGAUGUCAUAGACCUUUUACUGUCAGAAUGUUUCAAACUAUCACCAAAUUAUCACAUCACAAAGAUCACUUUGUUCAAUUGUAAGAAAUAAAAAUGCAAAUGCUCUCGUGCGCACUAACCCAAAAUGUCAAAUGGCGAGUAAGUCCUCCUAAGUAAGAUUAAUUCCUUUUGUUAGUGGCAUUUGUUGAUUUUUCCAGACAGACGUAAACACUAGUGUAGUCUGUAUGGUAGCACAGUCACUUUUUACCUGAAAGAUAUUGGAAUAUAUUUCACUAUUAGCAAGUGUAGUCUUUUUUUUUUUUUUUUCUUUUUUUUUUUAUAAAUCCGUUCUUUCCUGAUAUUUCAUUCAUUUGUAUGGGUGUCAGUGGGUGGCCUUGUUUCAGUAUAUUACACAAUGAUGAUUACAUGCAUUAUAGGAUUACAUGCAUUUGACUGACUGAUGCUGAUGAGAAAGAUGCCAAUAUCACAUGACUUUCUACUGGAAUCUGUGUGUUAUGCCAUAGAAUUAGAAUACACCUGUAGUUCCUCAUAGUGCAAACGUUGGAAAGAUGAGAAAGGAUAGUGAACAUUCAGAGGAAAAGGACUUUUUAUUAUUAUUAUUAUUAUUAUUUUGAGUAGUAUAUGCACAAGUCAUUUGGGGAGGUGGUUUAGGGAACAGGCACCAUAUAGCUUUAAAUUAGGGAUCUCAGCCUAGCUGUUCAGGCUCUGGUAAUUUUCUUUUAAAACAACAGUGGUGUAAUACAUUUAAUUUGUCGAUUGUUUGUAUAUCAAUAAAGCAUUCGUUCAAAUA